AUGGCGGGGGCGCCGGGAGAUCGAUCCCUGAAGGAGACUCCGACUUGGGCAGUGGCUGCUGUUUGUGCUGUUUUUGUUAUAAUUUCAGUGCUUAUCGAGCACGGAAUUCACUCUCUUGCAAAGUGGUUCCAAAAUCGCCAAAAGAAGGCCUUACUUGAAGCUCUCGAGAAAAUAAAAGCCGAGUUGAUGCUCUUGGGAUUCAUAUCUUUUCUUCUGACCAUUGGACAAAAGCCCAUAUCUAUGAUUUGUAUUAAUAAAAAAGCUGGAGACACAAUGCUUCCCUGCAAGAAGGAAAAGUAUGACUAUGGAUCAUCGGAAGGUGGCAAUCACAGAAAGCUUUUGUGGGCAGCUGAAGAGCUGCCAUGGCGCCGGGUCUUGGCGGCUGGGACUGGAGAUGAAUAUUGUACCAAUCAUGACAAAGUACCUUUAAUUUCCCAAUCUGGAGUGCAUCAACUGCAUAUCUUCAUUUUCGUGCUAGCCAUUUUUCAUGUCCUAUAUAGUGUGGUGACCAUGGCUCUCGGGCGUGCAAAGAUGAAUAGGUGGAAGGUAUGGGAGUCCGAGACGACGUCUUUAGAGUAUGAGUUUUCACAUGAUCCAUCGAGGUUCAGGUUCACCCACCAGACAUCCUUUGUUAGGCGGCACGCUACUGUCUCCAGUGGAAAACCGGGUCUCAAAUGGAUCGUUUGCUUUUUCCGGCAAUUUUUCCAAUCAGUCACAAAAGUCGACUACUUAACUCUUCGUCAUGGGUUUAUCAAAGCCCAUCUUGCUCCUAAUAGCAAAUUCAAUUUCCACAAGUAUUUGAAAAGAUCACUCGAGGACGAUUUCAAAGUGGUCGUUGGCAUCAGCCCUCCGCUAUGGGCUUUCGCUGUAUUUUUCUUGCUCCUCAAUGUGUACGGAUGGUACACGUUUUACUGGCUCUCAUUCGUGCCACUUAUUAUACUUCUCCUGGUAGGAAUGAAGAUGGAAGUCAUCAUCAUGGAGAUGGCUCUUCAGAUCGAAGAACGAAACGCUGUGGUGAAAGGAGCCCCAGUAGUAGAACCAAGCAAUAAGCUCUUUUGGUGGCGCCCUGAAUGGAUCCUUUUUUUGUUACAUUUCACCUUGUUUGAGAACGCAUUCCAAAUGGCAUUCUUCUUGUGGACUUGGUACGAGUUCGGGACAUCAUCUUGCUUGCACAAUAACUUGGUGGGCGUUGUAGCACGGGUGAUGAUGGGAAUGGCAUUGCAGUUCCUUUGUAGCUAUAGCACUUUCCCCCUUUAUUCCUUGGUUACACAGAUGGGAUCCCACAUGAAGAAGGCAAUAUUCGAAGAACAAACCACGAAGGCUCUCAAGAAAUGGCAAAAAGCAGCUAGAGCAAGGAAGAAACAGAGAGAGGCAGGGGUGGAGAUGCCCUCAGGUUACAUGAGUAGUGAAAACACACCAAGUCGAGGUUCUUCACCAAUACACCUACUCCAUAAAUAUAACAGAAGAGCUACUGAUGUAGAGAGCAUAACAGCUUCCCCAAAUUCAUAUACAUCAGACAAUGACAUAUCCGAUAUUGAAAAUUCACACUACGAACAUAUGAUGCACAGCACAGAGCCAAGGGGAUCAAGCAAUGAGCACCCAAUUCAUGGCCAAACGAGGAGUAACUCAGAGCCAAGAGCAUUGGACAUGGAGCCUCCAACACUGGGACAUUUGAGACACAACUCAGAGCCAAGGAGUUAUGAUCCCUCAGUCAAGGAUGGAGAUGGCGAUUUCUCCUUUGUUCAGCCUUGAAACAAGAAAAAGAAUGAAUGAGAAUCCUAAA